GCACUUGAAGGGGGCGUUUUCCUGAGAAGCAGGGCUAGCUUGUAAGUGUGUCUUGUACCGUCAAACGCAGCCGUUAAUAACUGUUCAUUUAUUUCUGCUGCCUUUAUGAGUGAAUUAUGAACUUAUCUGUGAAUAGGCUGUUUUAUGUAUGUCUGCAACGACACGAAUAGCUAGAAAGCGUUUCAUUGUUAGGCCUGUUAAAUUUUAUCAGUAAAAGUUACCAACGUUGUGCCAGUUUGCUAAAAUGCCAACCGAAGUGAAGCAGAGGAAAAAAUCACCAAAACAAAGUGAUGAAGUGUCGGAAACUUCGUCUUCAAACGACAAAGAUGAAGAUAAAAAGGCGAAGACGGAGGCAGUGAACAACGCAUCAUCAAAUAAAUCAUCUUCGAGUUUGGAUAUUAAAAGUGUAAUGUGCUUGUUGUCGCUAGCAGCUUGUGGAGCUUUGAGUUGGAUGGUGCUGCAACAAAAUGAGAGGUUCUCUGAGAUUGAAGAAAAAUACAAGUUCUUACAUGGAAAGACCUCAAGUUUGUUCGACAUGGAGGAAGAAGUGCUGAAAGUUUCUAAAAAGUGUGAGAGCAUCCAGCCGAUGCUGGAGGAUCUUGGGGCUCAGCGGGGGCCUUUGCAGCCCAGGCUGGAGAGCUUGGAGCAGGAUGUGAUCCGCCUGAAAGAGUGGGCAUCAGGGCUGACGGAGAAACGAGCUCAGCUUCAGACCAGCCUGGCAGCACUGAGAGAGGCUGUGGGACAGAUAGAGGAACGCACCUCAGCCAUCACAAAGGACUUCAACAACAAGGUGGCAUCAGUGAGGACGGACGUGCGUAGGAUGGAUGGCUUGCAGUCAGAGCUCGAGUCUUUGCUGACUCAGCUGGGAGAGCUGGAGGACAAGACUUCUCAGGUGGAGCGCAGCAUGGUCAAACACAUUGGGGACGUCCUGGCCAGCAGCAUUGACCGAGUCUCAAAUCUCCGCUCUGCAUCUGAACGCAACUCUCAGGCCAUAGACCAGCUCCGCAGACGGGUCCCUGAACUCACAGCGGCUGACAAACAGAUCUCUGAUCGCCUGCAGGAGCUGGAGAGUGGCCGAGCUCGUCUGAUCAGAACGGUGACCUUCGCGUCUGACCUGAAACCAAAAGUUGCAGCAAUAAAAAGAGACUUUGGGGCGUUUGAACCUCAGCUGUCAGACCUGACUCUACGGAUAGGAAGGCUAGCAGAGGAUCUGAUGCUGAGAGAGCAGGAGAUCACAGAGCUCAGACAGACAUUAGCUAACCUCACUGCAGUAGAGGGAGAUUUAAAUGUUACAACUAAACAGGUUAGUGAAAUAGCAGAUAUAUCUGAUAUAAAGACAUAAUCAGAGACAGAAAUUACCUUUUUUGAAUCAUUCUGAUCAUCUGCUGUACUGCUGUUUGAGGUUUUUAUGCAAUAAAUCUUUUUUUAGUAAAAUAUAACUGAAAUGAAACUGUGAUGUUGUGAACAGUUGUUAAGCACAAAUCUAGUAUGUAUGGUUUUCUUAAUAUAUGGUGGCAUUUCCCAUGAAAAAUCUUCACCCUUUUUCUAGAGCAGCUUUACCCAAACCUAAACAUGGCAUGGAAACUGUGAAACCUCAAAAUCUUCUUGGGCCCUCAUAUAACCAUAAAGACACUCAGUUUUUACCUUCACAUUCUUGACCCAUAAACAGGUCAUUUCAGUGGGAAUACUUGAAAUUAAUGCAGGAGAUGAUUUGCAAAAGAUGCAUUAUAAAGCUUGGAAGACAAACACUUGUGUUCCAAAACUGCGUUGCCAUGCAGUCACAGUAUUAUCCAUCAAAGCCAGAUUCAUUUCCAUCAGUGCCAUGUUACAUCAGAGGCUUUCACCAUCAUUGCCCCGUUACAAAACAGGCUUUCGCCAUCAUUGCCAUGUUAAAUCAGGGGCAUUUAAAUUGGAUGUGUUUAUAAUUGCUUUCUUCUCUAUUGCUACAGGAUAACCACUGACUUUAGUCUUUAUCUGAAGAGGAACAGUCCAUCUUAAUGCAUUCCUUGCACAUUACAGAGACAAAGUUGUACAUUCUGGUUUUGUAAAUCAGACAAAAAAAAUGAUGAAAAGGUGAAACGUAAAGUUAAAUCUUCUGGAUGUGCUUUGUUAGUUCAGAAUUUAAAAAAAUAACAUAUAGUUAAGUAUUUUAUAAUCAGUCAGAGGUACAAGAUGUGAAAUUUUUGCACUGAAAGGUCUACAUUUAUCAAAAAUGAUUACCCCUGUUAUUUUAGUUGAGUUCUUACAUUACCUUAAAUAUUUUUAAAAGUUUUCAAAGUCAGAGAAAUAGUUUAUUUUUACAGUUGUAACAGGAUGUGUGUUGUUACUUUGGCUAUACUCGUCAAGCUACCGUGACAGGCAAGACUUGUUUAUAGUUGCCGUGGAAAUGCUUGCUGUUACGUCAAAGAUCACUGCAUUAGGAAGCAUGAACUGCUUUUGGAAGCUGCCAUUCUGUUGCUGUAUUUCAAUCGUGUUUUCUGCUGCUUACUUGUCAUGAACUGCGAUUUGUCUCUACCAUUGGUUGUGAGUUCAGUCAAACAAGCUCACCAUUGUAACACAUAACUCCACCACCACCUUGUAAUGCUGUGGCUCCACCAGGCAUUUAAAGGUCAAGCAGAGACCAGACACACUGCUCAGCUUUACCAAAUUAUGAAACAAUGUUUUGGCUUCAUUGAUGAUUUUUACAUAAUGAGGGGGAAAAGCUGUUAAAAGUUAAUUUUGUGUUUGACAAUGUGAGCGAUCCCAAAAUGCAAGGCAAGUAUCUUUUACUAUCAACCAGGAAGGCUACUUUUAACCACUUUUCGUCCUCAUUAUAUAAAAUUCAUCCAUGAAACAAAAAAAUUGGUUUACUGCUAAGUGAAAGCACUUGGUAACACUUUAUUUAAGUGGGCCCUAUUUACUUAGUAUUUUUGGUAAUGAGUGUAAAUAUGUCGUCAUAAUAACGUAUCAUGUAAUUCCUUGAUAUAUAUGUAAUAUGGCUGUUUUGGCUGCUUUAACACAUUCUGACUUCACUGUUUCAGUAUUUCUGUUGUGUUAUAGGGUUUCAAAAUUGAUGACUUUAUUGCUUAAGGUUAUAGACACCACCCUGGUGUCAUAGUAGUAAAAAUAAAG